GCCUACGAUGCCGAGAUGAAGAAACUGCAUACCGUGGCUGUACAGGAAGAGGAGGAACGCGUGAAAGCCGCUGCGGAGCAGGAGGCCGCCAGGUAUGCGGCGUCCCCCGAGGGAAUUGCUGCGCGGCUAUCGAAAGGAGAAACCCCCCCUCCCCAUAGCGGAAACGAAAUUUGUGAUGCUGUAUUUGAGGUCACAAAUCGACUUGUCAUGCUAGAAGGCCAAGAGCCGCAGCAGUGGCCUCUUUUGCAGGCAAUUUGUCAUGCUGUUUCCCACUCUCAGCUGCCUCCUAUCAUGCUGAAGAUGCAAGGCUUCCCCACGCCACCCAGCACUACAGUCCGCGUCUUUUCCCGUGUAGCAUGACAAAGCUGAUUUGUGACAACAAAUCUGCAUCACAGAUUUCCGCUUUGAUAUGGGGAGGGGGGAUUUUUCCUUUUGAUAGCGGCAGAAGGCGGAGGACGAGGAGAGGUUAUCCAGGAAAAAACACCCAUCCCCAUCCAAUUUGUCAUGCAAGACAUGCAUAAAAAAAGUCCACUCCACUAUUUGUCAUGCAAAACAUGGAUGGGGAUGGGUGUUUUUUCCUGGAUAGAGGUGGCGAAAAGCGCACGAGGCAAUGCAGGAGAAAUUCAAACCGCAGGCACGCGAUGCGGCCUUGGAGGACCUCCGGAAUCACAAUUCCCCGGGCGCUUUUCUUCCUGCAGCGGAACAAGAAGAUCGGCGCGCUGCCGCGCCUCUUUCAGUUGCAGAUGAGUGGGGAACCGACGACGACGACGAGCGGCUUGCGAACAAGAAGAAACGGGAGCUGGACAAGCAGUUGAUGGCGAAGCGAAAAGAGAAGGAAAAACGCGAGGGCGGGCGUGGUCGCUCAACGAGGGCAGACAAGAUAGAGAAGCGUCGGCGUCACCGGAACAAGAAUCGUAAACGUAGCGAAUACGAAGAAGGCGACUACGCGGCCGCCAGCGCUGCAUCUAGUACCUCGUCUUCGCUGCAAGUGGCAGAAGUGCCCAAGGACAAGGACGCGAAACAUGUUAUUGGUUCUGCAGCGGUAUUGAGCCAGCGGGGGGUGGAGACUGACGAUGAAGAAAAUCGAGCCUCUGCUCCUAUAGUUCCCGAAGAAGAAGGAGAUUAUUUGAAAACGACCUACAACACGGGCGGAAGGACUGAGGCAGUCGAAGACCUCAAGACGAAGCGCAGCGGCCACUUCAGUCAUAAUCUAGCGCUUGAUGACCACGGGAGCGAAGCUGCAGACGCGAAACAACAAAAUGCUGGCGCAACGAAGCAGCCACCGAAUUUAUCACCUGUUCCUCUGACCGAUAAAGCGGAACACGAACAAAUGAUAAGGGCUCCCAACUACAUCUUCGAAGACAAAAAUUCGCUGGUGGACGAAGGCGACGAGUUACGAGAAACAGCAGACGAAGUUGACGGUGGAGAGGAGAGCAGCGACGACCAGGGCGAUGAGGGCGACGAGCAGGAGUUUUCCUCGGAAGACGACGACGACUUUCCUAAGAACACCAACGGUCAAGAAAUAGACCCAUCAUCUGAAGAGGAAGAGCUGCAGGAAGCCGAAGUUGCAGAAGUAGACGACGUGUUUGAUGUCGAAAACGAAAAAAGAACGCCAACAGCAAAAACCGGUGAAAACAACAAGAGUGCUGCUGCUGCUGCUGCACUGCUUUUCUCGACGUCCGCCUCGCAAAAGCUGGAGUUUUUGGAUGAUGUCAAAGUACCACCACCAGCUUCCGAGGGCGGAAAAAGCGGUGGCUUUCGUCUCACAAGUCGCGCGCCAGGGACGGACAAAUCCGGCUCAGAAGUGCACGCGCUUCCAGCCGAUGAAGAUGAAAGUGAAAAUACUGACACGACGGUCAUCAAAAGUAGGAUGGGCAAAUCAAUGACGAACAGUGUAGGAGCUGAGGCAGGAGGAGCUGCUCGUAGUUCAUCCUCAAGAGCAGAAACUAAUGCAGCGGCAUCUACUUAUCGGUCCUCCACGGCAACAAGUCGCCCGGCUGGGGCGUCACUGCGUGGAUCGAGUCGGGCCAUGAAAAUGCGCGACGUGGUCCUCGCGUCUUCAAAUGUCGUGCAAGCACCAAACGCAAACGACGCUGCGCUCGGGGAAUCCAGUUCCGAAGGAGAGGAUGAGGCUGAGGAGGACGAGCAAGAUGAACAGUAUGAAAGACUUGCUGGUGCCGGCAGAUCGUCCCAUACCCGUAGCUUCCAAAACGAUGGAGACCGGCCGAGGCACUACGAAAGGUUUGGCAUCGCGUUAGAACAAGAUGAACCCGCGAUUGUUGAUAGCACCAGCUUCCACCUGCCCGCAAGAUCCAGCACAGGAAAAAUUGCUACCUUCUUCGUCUUGCUCGUGCUCUUAGGAGGUCUUCUUGCAGUGUACUUUACGGACUUCGACCUUCGCGGAAGUGGGGCGCGAUUGGUUAUGCGGCUACAGGCGUUGCGGCUGCGCACCCUCGCACAGCCAGCCUUGGAGGGGGACAACAACAACAUCACCGCGGACGAGUAUCUUCCGGUAGCAGAAUCCGGAGCUUCUCCCCAGUGCGCACAAGACGGGCGACUUGUAGUAGCUGGGGCGCUCCUCGACCAAGACGGUCGGGGACAACUACCUGCGUCCCGGAAAGUUCGAUUUGCGAGGUUUAUCGCCAAGGGAAUCAGCUUUGUCCGCGAAUCCGUUUGUUCUUUCGCAGCUGGCGGCGUAGCCAGCGCGGGCGAGGAGGAGGAGGGGGCGAUAGUUGGGUUAUUAGCUGCGGCCCCUGGUGGUCGUGCAGAUACAACCACUUCUACUGGGGCAGCCACAGAUGGCAUCAUCGACGGAGAGAACUCCAUGCCGCGUUUGGAGGUCGGCGUUCCGCAGAAUCAUGUCAACGGAGCUGCUGAUGUCCCCCCGGAGACUGUUGGUGCUGCUAUAGGAGGUGCUGCACCCGGAACCAUAAACAGAAGCGGUGCAGCAGUGCCAGCGCAUUUGCUGUCCGCAGUUUCCACUUCUAACCACCGCCCUACUGGCCGCCGUUUUGUCGCUGGGGCGAUCCCACGACUGAAUCGCCCCCGAGCACCGGGGCGUGCCGCGAACGCCGAGCCCAUCAAUAUCCGCCCGGCCGCAACAUCAACAUCUAGUACGAACUACGGCGGUGGCACGGGAGGAACUUUCGGCGACGAUAUUGUACUACCUGCCGGCGGCGCUGCGCACGCACACGCUAGAGGCGGUGUUCGGUUCUACCCCCGGGCGGCGCGUGGGAGAAUUGCGUACAGGAACAAUCAGCAUGCGCUUCACGACCGCGUGAAUCCCAACCGAAAUACUCGAGCAGUGCCAGCUGGUUCCCCGAUAGCAGGAACGCAGGAGCCAGCACAGCAAAACAGCGCGACCUCGUCUCACAAUCAUGGACGACAGCACAAUGAUCCUCCACUACAACAAGCGAAUGAGUCGCGACAGCUACGGGGACGGGUGGUAGGAAGCUACGUCAACCCUUCUGCUGCUGCAGCUGCCGUGCAACAAGAGCAGAGUCGACGAGGUCGCUUCCGACCACAACAAGCACCUCCGCGGCGGCCAUUGGUUAUCGCUGAAAGAGGAGUACACGGCCGGCAGCGGCUUGUGGCAAAUAACAACCAGCGGCUGUAUAAUGCGACGAGAGGGGCGACGAGUAGGAGUAAUCCAAGCGCCGAUUUCCAGAACGAAGCGAUGUGCACCUCCGCUGCAGCAGGUGACCACGAGGACGAGGAGGACGAAGUUGCAAGAAACAUCGCCGUCGAAAAUAACUUUGUCACAGAGGACGACGAUGAAGAUGCAUACGAUGAAGUUGAAGACGAGGAAAACUCUCUACUUCUCGGAGUCGGAGAUGAGCGCGAUUAUUUGUAUGGCUACGAGGCAGGAGAGCUGGAGGAUUAUCAGUACGCAGAUGAGGAGGACCUUGUGUUCGAUGCGGGGCGUGACGACGAGUUGCAGUUGGACUUGCAAGAUGAUCAAGUAAACCAGCAUUGGAACGUCGGUAUAAUUGGAGGCGCCGGGCGGCAAAACCACGCACCAGACACAGCGGGCUACGAAAAUGGACGCGGACACGCGGCAGGGGGUCGUCGUGAUGAAGAAGCUGAUGGAGAUGACCAAGAGGUGGAAGACGAAUUUCUAGAAGAGGGCCCCGACCCCGAGCAGCAACAUCAAGCAGAGGGUGCAACCGGCGUGCUACAGCGAGAUGAACAAGAUCAUGAACGGAGCUCGGGACGACUCGAUCGGCGCGCAGCCAAGAACGUCGAUCGGCAAAACCGCUCUUCCUGAAGGACGGGGCGGAAGUCUUUGCAAGAAGAAGUAGAAGCUCUACUUCUUCUCUUCUUGCUUUUGAUGUACUAGUACCGUGGUCAUGCUGCAGGUGCACGUUCACUGAACGCAAAAGAAAGCGAAUACUUCGAGCUUUCCAGGAAAGGUUUUGAAUGAUGAAACUAGGAAAACCACAAAAAUUUUAUUUACUUCUUUACAGUACUUUAUGCUUAUGCACCUAAGUGGAAAUGCUAGAGGUUGAGAAUAACCUUAACCACAUGCAUUCGCAGUUCUGAUUUUACUCUCGCUAUUCUAAACUAAUGACAGGAAUCUAACUUUGAAAUGUGAAGAGCAACAAAUGAUGUACAAAAUGUAUAAGGCAAACCAAAAACGACCAUGUAUGAAAUGAAAAGCCAACCCCAGCAACGAUUUUUUCCCCUGUUUAUGGAGCGCGCCGUGCAUGCGCUUUUCCUUCUUUCAAGCCGAAAGAACCUUCUCACUUCCACCAAGAGAACGAGAAGUCUCGACGAGUCACUAAUUUUGAUGUAUGUUGAUACUAUCUAGUUUAUUGCCAACUCAGAGAUUGAAAUUAAUAGCAAUAGCAGUGGGCCAGGCCGUCAAAGUACGCAAAACAAAUUAAAAAGCUGACUGUAUAUGAAUGUACAAAGUUUGAAAUAAUCGCGCGCGAGUUUGCUUUUGUGUAUUAUAUUGCGAUGCAUCGAGGUUGCACUAGUCCGGCGGGUCUUCCGGGGAGAGGAAGUCCCCGAGGCCUGGGGCCGGGCGGUGCUCACGAUGCUUCACAAAAAAGGGGACAAGAGUCAGGCGCGGAACUACAGGCCGAUCGCUCUGCUAACGUUUGGCGAGAAGCUUCUCGGCCUAAUAAUCCUCAAGCGGAUCGAAACCGAAGCCGCGGCCACGAUCGACAAACGGCAAAAGGGGUGCACGCGUGGGCUCAGUUGCAGGCACGGGGUCUUCCAGAUCCUGCGCGACAUGGAAAAAUGCAAAAGGGAAGGGCGGCAGGUGUUUCUCGUCUUCGCUGACUUCCUGAAGGCGUUUGACAGUCUAAGCUGGGCGGUCAUGUAUAAGGUACUCCGGCGCCAGGGGCUGCCUGACUACAUCGGCAAUGUCGUGCGCAGCAUGUACGAUGGUCGGGCUACAGUCUGCAUCCGGCUGGCGCGGGGCCGGCACACCAAGCACAUCAAGCAGCGCGCAGGCAUAAGGCAGGGCAGUUCGCUGUCCCCGCUCGUGUUUGCGAUCGUGCUUGACUUCGCAAUCGCUCAGUUUGCUGAAGUGAUGAAAGAGGAAAAGUGCUGGUCCACCGCGCAGGCCCGGGGGUUUGCCAUGGGGCUGCUCGGGUUUGUUGACGACCUUGUGGUAAAAACGGGGCGCGAAGAAGACGCACAGUUCGCAGUCCGGGAGUUGGCAGGGGCGUGCCGGUUCGUCGGGCUGGAACUCAAUGCGGACAAGGGGAAAACGGAGGUCAUGGUCGUCAACCAACCGAGCAAGGAACGAAAAUACGAAUACGCAAUGACAGAGCGGAGCGUCAUACCCGAAGAGGAAGGGGUCGCAACCACCGAGGGAACACUGGUAGAGUGAGACGGGGUGGACCUGCGAAAAGAAUACAGGGAUGCAGCGGCACAAGUGUGCACCCGCCGCAUGGGGGAUUUGAGCCCGACCCACUUGUUGAUAUGGGACAGCGGUCACUACAACGUGGUCAAGUUCAAGGCCUCCGGCUGGGUGAUUCUGGAUAACGGGAAGGCGAUGCGGCUUACCCGCCUGGGGCGCAGGGAGUACAUCCUCGACAAGCACAACGAACACCGAUGCCCAAAGUGUGGGGAUGUGUUGGACGACGCAAAGGCUCUGAAAUACCACUUGGCGACCGGGUUCUGCAGAAAAGACAAAACGAUCCACGAACAGAGAACCAUACGGGUGGCCAGGGUGGUAGAGCAAAAGAAAAAAGGCGAAAGGGAAUCCCCUGAGGCGGGGCCGGUCGACAUCUGGCACGACGGGAAGCAGAUCGCCUCGGUGGCGAGGUUUGUCUACCUGGGCACAGAAAUAGACCGGAACGCAACCACUUCGUCGGAGACCCGACGGCGCUGCGCCAUGGCCUUGAGCGUGGUGCGGUCGCUGUCAAAGAUCUGGCGCGAUAGGGAAAUCCCGAAACACCUAAAAGCCGCCCUGUAUAGAUCGCUCUGCAUCAGCGUGGCCCUCUACAAUGCCGAAACUUGGGCGACAGCGGAAGCCGACGAGCAGACGCUCCGGAACUUCCAGAGGCAGGCGCUCAGGUUCAUCCUCGGAUACUGGGAGUGGCAGGAAGUGCCGCCAAAGGAAGAGAUGCGCAAGGCAUUGGGGGUGCAGACCAUAGAAACCGAGCUUCGGGAAAAACGGAUAGCGUGGAUCGCCCAUGCCGCUAGAGAUCCGCACGGCGAGGGAUCAAUAACCCGCAUCGAGGACGAGAUCAAGGAAAAAACGAGAUGGGGAAAGCUGGCGGCGGACGACCUUGACUACUACCGGGUCAAGGUCGCCGACCUGAAGGCGCAGCGGCCAACGGGGGCGGUGGUGCGAGAGAUGAUAGUGCGGCGCAGACCCUUCGCUACGGUGAAACGGGAACCAAAAAAGAAGGGCCCUGCACCGGGAAAACCGUCAAAGAGGUCCAGAGAGAUGCAGGAAGAGAGGCGCCAGCGGUUGGAAAAACAGAGGGAAGAGCAGGCACAAGCUGCGCAGGCACUAGUAGACGCCCUGUCGGGAAAGCAUUGGGAGCCAUCGGGUAGCCGGGCGGGUUUUUGGGAGCUAGAAGAAGACCCGCAGUGCGUCUUCGAGGUCAGCGAGGUCUUCUUCUGCGAAAACACGGGGAAAGAGGAAGUAAAUGUAGCCGGAGUGUGGUUCCAGAAGGAAGAUGAUGGCACAUAUAUCCUCCGAUAGGGAACGACUCCGAGAAGAAGGAAAAAACGAAGAUGAUAGAAAUGCACGCACAUCCACGAUUCAAUCGAUUAUUUCAGACUACAAGGACUGCUUUUUACUGAAACCGGAUAAGCGUAUGAACUGAACUGAACUGAUGCAUCGAGGAGUGUUGAUGACCACGAUAAACUACCAAGCAAACUACGAAACAUUUGUUGAUUCCUGCUAUCGGGGCCGCUUUUGAUAAAGCAGGGUAAAAAUGUAGCCUAUUCGUGGGGCAGCUGCAGAGAUGAGAAAAUUGCAAGGAUAAACAAAGUCUCACCAGUUUUGGUCUGCACUCUGUAUUUUUUUUGUGCCG